AUGGGUGGUGGCAAGGAUAAGCAUCAGGACGAUGAAGCUGACAGAGGGCUUUUCAGUCACCUUAUACCUGGACAUGGGGGUCAACACGGCUACCCACCUCAGCAGGGCUACCCACCUCAGCAGGGCUACCCGCCGCAGCAGGGCUACCCUCCACAGGGCUAUCCACCGCAGCAGGGAUACCCUCCACAGGGCUAUCCACCGCAGCAGGGUUACCCGCCACAACAAGGCUACCCACCGGCUGGAUACCCUCCCGCUGGCCAUCAGGGCUCAUCUGGGCACCACGGCGUAGGGGGAUUGCUGGCUGGUGGUGCAGCUGCUGCUGCAGCUGCUUACGGUGCUCACCAUCUUACUCACGGAUCAUCUCACCACACUCCUAGCAUUCCUGGUAUUCCUGGCGGUUAUGGUGGUGGUUAUGGGGGUCAUGGUGCUCACAAUGUUGGCCACGGUUCUCACUUUUCAUCACAUGGCGGCGGCAAGCAUGGCAAGUUCAAGCAGGGGAAAUUUGGGAAGCAUAAGGGCAAAUUUGGCAAGCAUGGUGGGGGCAAGUUCAAGAAAUGGAAGUAA